UAAACUACAGGCAGCCAGCCAUCAUAGUUUACUUCCCAGAACUCCACUCUAUAAUACGAGACGAGUCUAACUUGUCCUAACACCAAUCUUUCAAUGUUUGAGAAUAUGGGCAAGUCCCUCACGUUCUCUUCCCUUCUCUUCCUCUUCUUCUUCACCAAUUUUUUCAUUGAUUCAGCCACUUCUUCAUGCCCCAUAGAUUUUAGCUACGUUGAAACGUUCCCAUGGAACACUACAAUGUGCCGUGAGGCCCGUGAUCCGAAUGGGACUCACUGUUGCCAGACCCUUCUUAGCCUCAUUGGCAUAGGACUAGCCCAACACCUCAAAGACACCUCUAGGUUCCAACUUCCUGAUUUAGCUUCUUCUUCUUCUUGCCUUUCCAAUUUCCAAACCAAGCUUGAAGCUUUGUCAAUCCAGCCUUCUUUAGUCCCACAAUGCUUUGGAAGUGCAACAAAUUUUGUUGCUAAUGCUUCACAGUGUGCUGGAAUCAUAACAAUCCAAGAUUGGAACCAAAGGCUUAAUGGGACAACACAACUGGAUUCAUCUUGCCAAGGAGACAUGACAGGGCUGAUCAGAUGUGGUUCAUGCGUUGAUGCUGGCAAGCAAGUGAAUUCCCAGUUGGCCAAUUUUGACCCAAAUAACACACAGAAAUGCUUCUACUUCACAGUCAUAUAUGCUGCAGGAAUUGUUAAUGAGUUUGGUCCAAAGGAUGUCAGGACUGCUUAUUGCAUACUGGGCAUACCAUUGUCUAGCUCUGCAUCAAAUAAGUCAGGGAACCAUUUGAGUAGAACAACUCAAUUAAAGUUGAUUUUUGGGUUAUUGGGUGCUCUUGUUGGAGUUUUGCUUGCUUUAGGAGUGAUCAUCUUGUAUAGGAGAUGGGACAAGAAAGAGAGGCAAAACGAUGUGCAUGAAGAAUAUGUAAGCAGUGUCAAAAGUAGUGUGUUGCCCAACGCAGGUGCAAAAUGGUUUCGUGUAUCGGAGCUUGAACAAGCCACAGAUGGAUUUUCUCAGAGAAAUUUGAUUGGUCAAGGUGCAUAUGGGGUUGUCUACAAAGGAACUCUUUCAGAUGGGACUUUGGUAGCGGUGAAACAAAUUCUUGAUUUGGAGUCAACAGGGGAUGAAGACUUUUGUAAUGAGGUUGAGAUCAUUAGCAAAAUAAGGCAUAGAAACCUUCUUGCUCUUCGAGGUUGUUGCGUUACAAGCGAUAAUCUGAAAGGUAAGAGCAGGUUUUUAGUUUAUGAUUUCAUGUCAAAUGGUAACCUUGGUGAUCAAUUGUUUAUAUGUAGGGAGAGAUUAACAUGGCCUCAGCGUAAGAAUAUAAUUCUUGAUGUGGCCAAAGGGCUUGCUUACUUGCAUUAUGGAAUCAAACCUGCCAUUUAUCACCGAGACAUAAAGCCCACCAACAUACUUUUGGACUCUGCAAUGAAGGCUAGAGUGGCAGAUUUUGGUUUGGCAAAGCAAAAUAGUGAAGGUCAGUCUCAUUUAACCACAAGGGUUGCUGGCACACAUGGUUACUUAGCACCUGAGUAUGCUCUCUAUGGGCAACUAACAGAGAAGAGCGAUGUGUAUAGCUUUGGGAUUGUAAUUCUAGAGAUCAUGAGUGGAAGGAAAGCACUGGACACAUCAAAUUCCUCAAUACUAUUGAUCACAGAUUGGGCUUGGAUGCAUGCAAAAUCAGGAAAUGUGGAAGAAAUUUUUGAUGAGUCAAUAAGAGAAGAAGGGCCAAAAGGGAUCAUGGAAAGGUUUGUUCAAGUUGGAAUACUUUGUGCUCAUGUUAUGGUGGCUUUUAGGCCUACUAUAGCUGAGGCCCUUAAAAUGUUAGAGGGUGACAUUGAUAUUCCUAGAAUACGAGACAGGCCAUUGCCACUUAGUCAUGAGUCUUUUAGAUCUUGGCGGAGUAUAUCAAAAGAGAGAUGAAGGCUCAAUUAGCUCAACCAUGAGUAUUAGAGCAGAUUGCAUCUAUGAAUUGGACUGGAAAACCUUGCUUGUGAGAAAACUUGGAUUUGCAUCCUUUGGGUCAAAAAUUAACUUCCAUCGAUCAGCCAACCUUUGAACAUUCAAAUCAAAUGGUCAACGCUGGCUAAAGAUAGGUACUGGAAUUUGAAUUUUUCUUAUUUUCCUUUUUUGUUAUCCAAUUUAUAUAUAGUACCAGUCAACCCUGAAAUCACACAGAGAGAAGGUAAUGUUAGAAAGAAGUUUUUAUUAUUUUUUUUAACCUUAUAAA